GGCGGCGGGGCGUGCCGGGCGGGGCUAAGGCGAGGCCCGGCAGGGUGGCAGCCGGAAGGCUGCGAGGGGAGCGAGCGGGGAGUGAGCGGGGCCCGCGCAGCGUCCCGGGCCGGGCAAUGGCGAGCGGCGGCGGGGCCGGGCAGGGGGUGGCCGAGGCGCGGCGCAGCAUCGGCCCCGCUGAGGGCAUCGCGGUCCCCCCGCAGCACAACGGCGCCCUGGUGCCCCUGGAGCUGGCGCUGCUGUGGAUGGUGUCGUGCCCUGGCUUCCGCGGCGUCGUGCGGCUCCUGGACUGGUUCGAGCUGCCCGACGGCUUCGCGCUGGUCAUGGAGCGUCCGCAGCGCUGUCAGGACCUCUGGGACUUCCUGCACGAGCAGGGGUUCCUGAUGGCGCGGGGGCUGUUCCGCCAGGUGCUGGAGGCCGUGCGGCACUGCACCAGCCACGGCGUCCUGCACCGCGACAUCAAGGCCGAGAACGUCCUCGUCGACCUGGCCACGGGCGAGGCGAAGCUCAUCGACUUCGGCUGCGGCACGAUCCUCCAGGACACGUUCUACACCCGGAUGUCAGGAACGCCGGAGUACAGCCCACCGGAGUGGAUCCUCUUUGGCUGCUACCAUGGCCAGCCAGCCACCAUCUGGUCCCUGGGCAUCCUGCUCUAUGACCUGGUCUGUGGGCACCUUCCUUUCCACACAAACGAGGACAUCGUCCGGGGCCAGCUCUUCUUCCCGCCCCGGGUGUCUCAAGGUCCUCCUCCAUGGAAGAACGCAGACACUGGAGACAAGAAAUCCCUGGAGGCAGCCAGACACCUGGACCAGAUGCUGAGUGAUCUGGAGAGACGCCGUGAGAUGGACCAAAGGGCUUUGCUGAAGGCAGCACUUCCUGGAGGAAGCAAUGGCUCUGUGCGAGCCCCCGAUACACGAAGGGAGGAGAUGCCAGACAGUGCCACAGAAGACGUUAUCACUGAAACAGGAAUAUUUGCCCCGGAUCCAGUGCGCCUCCCAAGAAUUGUCUGCCCCCAGGAUGUGCGCAGGUCCUGCAUGAUAGGCACGGUGGUGACACUGUUCACCGUGCCCCUCGUGCUGACAGGCUGCUAUCUUGGCAUUCGGAAGCUGUACCAGAGCAGACGUGCUUUUUCCAGUUAUUUGAUAUAGUGAAUGAUGGCUGGACCAUCGAGGAUCUCAUCUCAACGGUGGUAGCUCUAUUC